UUUAAUAUAAUUGAAAAUGUCUCCAACUAAAUUCCUCUAUUUAUUUACUAUUAUAUGCUUUAUUUUAAUAUUAAAAUUUAAUAUUGCAUCGACUGGGUGUUGUUGUAGUGGUGGUGCAUUGAAAUGUGCUGAUCCUCCGUUUGGGGAUUGUGGUACUCCUUGUUGUUCUUGUAGUCCUCCUCUCUGUUCUGAUCCUGGUGCUCCUGGUCCCUGUUAA